AUGGCCAACAAGCAGCAGAAGAAGAAAGGUGCGGCUCCGGAGGAAGUGGCAACCUCCCUCUCUGCCUACACAAUCAUCAAGCGAUCCCUCUACGGCGUCGUGCUGGCCAUCUUCUUUGCCAACUGCAUCAAAUACAUCUAUGAUCAGGAGAUCUUCUUUGAGAAAAUCGUGCCCGAUUUUGAGCAACAGAUGAUCAACAAUCGUCAGAUGCGCAUCAACGAAAACCCGUUGACGUUGAUGGGCCAAAAGUGGUUGUCGUUGCCGCCGGACAGCGAGCGCGUCGGUUCCCGAAUGGACGCAGCUACGUGGAAGAUUGAUCAUCUCCAUUUCGACCCCUACAGCUACGAAUUGGAACAUUAUGAGACGAUGCUUCGCACCGGCGUCCUCGAACGCGAUGGCACAAAUGCUAAUAGGCGUCUCCUGCUGUUGGGCCAUGGUGUCGGCGUGUUCCCACCAUUCUUCUACCAGAAAUACCCAAAAUUGAUCAAGCACAACUACAAGAAGCACUUCAAAUUCUGCAUCUGGAAGCAGCUGCCCCUUCUGUCGAACUGGUUGCUCACAUGUGCACAGCGCGAGUUCGACGACAAAGCCCUUGACAGCAACGAGUCGGACACCCCGCCCCCGUCCAAC